CCCUCCCUCUGCGCGCUGUCCCGCUCCUCCGCUACGAGUGCUCAGUAUCUGGAUCUGUGUUGUAGAUAGAUGGGCUAGAUGCCACACGCCAUUAGCCUAUACAGGGUUGCAAAGGUUAAAAGUUUGAUUUAAUCUUUUUUUUUUUUUUUUGACGUUAUUUUUUUUUUUAUUUUCCUUCUCAUUUGGGGGCUUUUUUUCUCCUUUGCUUGGAUACUGCUGACUUAGGUAUUGGAUAUGUGCACACAGGAUGAUGACAACCCCUUUCCUCCCCGUAGAAGUAAAAUAAAAUAGGCUUUCGCACACACUGGAUUUACUCCUGCCGUUCCAUAUGAAGAAGUCAAAAAUUUGGAUACGCAUUUGUGUCCAUUUACUGCUGUUCAUCACGCUUGGGGUACAUUCAAGUAAAUUUGACGUCAACCCAGUGACAGAUGACAUCUCGAGACUCUCUAUUUUGAGACAAAAUAUUCCUAAAGAUUACAAAAUUCCUGUACAUUACGUUCCAAAAGAAGAGGGUGGGAUGUGUUGGGUAAAAUUAAAUGUUUUCUACUUGGAGGAGAGUUUAAAAGAUUUAGCACAUAAGUUUGGAAACAUUUCAUCCAACAGAAAAGAUAUUAGCAUAUUCAUCCAAAUGCUCCAAGAACUGCGGCUCAACUCAAGAACUGUGGAUCCGAUCAUGUAUGAUUUUGAGUGCCACUACAGGAAAGAGAGGUGGCAGACAGCGCGAUACUUUGACUUUGUCAAAGACUUUCUUAUAGCUGUACAGAACAGAGAAGAUAAAGAUGACUGUGAUCCUCCUCCCUGUCCCACCACACCACUCACAGUAACAACAGAAGUAACUAUUAAAGUAAACACGUCCACCAGUAAACACGAGUGUACAACAGGCUGCAAACCACCUCAUGAACCGCGGAUCCUGCCUGAGGUGGUGGAGCGAAGCCUUCUCUUCUUACUGUUCAUUCCACUCAUAGCCCUGGUAUUCCUGCUUGUGUGGAAGGUCCGAUCACGGAGGAACGAAGACGAUCUUCAACAGAAUCCUGGUGAAGAUGGACUCUUCACAGGAAGAGAAGGGAAUGCGCCUCAACUAGAUCCUGAAAUAUCGGAAAAAAACAAGUUGAACGUCAUUGAACCAGUGUAAUGCUUCUACCCUUCGAUGUUCAACAUAAUUGGGCUCUACUUUUUUCUCCUGUUGGUGUCCAAAGGUGACGAAAAACAAACAUGAAGCUGAAUUCCAUAGUGAGAUCUCAGAGGUAAAAGGGCCGUUGUUGACCGCUGUCCAGAUUCAUGAUAGCAGACUGCUAUGACUCUUCUGGUUAAACCACGCCUGAUACCAUAUGGAUAAGCUUGCCUUUCAUGUAAGACUGCAUUAACCCCAUGCUUUUGAAAAAGACUGAGACCUACACAGAGAGAAACCCCCACAUCACACCACAACCACCCCACUGGAAUCUCUGGCUCCUGCGAAUCGUCAUCAGAACCUGCUGCAUCAUGAACUCUUCUGAGGAACUCUUCCUUCUUCACACGUUGCUACAGUCUGCCUGCAUUUUUUGGGCCUGCCAGUUCUUCUGCAAACAACCAUCAGAGAGUGAUUGACACUCGUUAUCUCUGGUAUGAAACUGAGGCAUGAAUUACUACCUCUGGUAACCCUCAACUUAACCACAUCCUCAACAGCUCAACAGUUUCCUCAUAGUCCAGGGGGUUUCCCAAAGAAUAUAAUUUUAAACAUUGCAUUGCAUCCUAGGUGUAGUCACAUUGUCUGGUUUAGGCAUGUACCCACAGAGGAGUGUAUGAUGUAUUUAUUUAUUGGUGGCAGCAUUGAGCUGCUGCUGUUGAUAAAACUGAAAUGUUUCAAGCGAUCAUUUAGGAGCACCUCUACUAAUGAGUCACAUUUAAAUCUGUAUACUCGUAAACUCAAAACAAAAAAAAGAAAAGAAAAGAAAAAAAACACAUUCCUGAACAAGUUACAUUUGCUCAUAUGAUGUUGUCAGUGUAUAUGACUCGGGUGAUUUUAGGUUGUGUGAAUGGAUUACGUGGAGAAAAAACAAACAAAAAAAAAACACAUAAACAAAAUAUGCUGCUUUGACUAACUUACAUUUAGAUCAUUGACAUCUGCAAAUGAGUAUCAGGGAUGACUUCUGUGGAUCCAGAAUUGUUUUUGUUUUUGUUUUUGAAAGGUGAAUUCAGAACAUAGUUGUCAGACACAGCAAUGGGCCUCCCAUAGUAAAUGUUAGCUCAACAAUGCCUUUAUUUUUUACUUAUCACACCUUUAUGCUUGCAAGGCAAAUACUGUUACGGGAGAAAUUUUUGAUUGCCAUUCCUCCAUAAUAGAAUAAGAAAUCACUCCGAUUUGCAGAAGGAAUAAAGGAAGUAACACAGUUUGUAAACAGAAAAAAGAAAUAAUAAGACUUAAUAUACAAAGGCUAUUUGAUAUAAAAUGUUAAAUCAAGCUCACAAAUCCUGACUUCACUGAAUGACCACAUACACACAUCUGACCCAUUAGCUUAGACUAUUGACUCACAUGGUGUAAUCUGUACUUAGUGACUUUCCUUUGUCCAGUAUCAGUGUUGUGCUUGCAUAAUAAAAGCCAUUAUAGACAAUCUGACAAAGCUAGUUGGUGCAUUUAUAAAGAUUCAAAGGCUAAUGAAUUGCUCAAGGCUGAUACCACUGUUUAUAAAAUUUACAGACAUGCACCUUAGUUAUUUUCACAGUCCACAGAGCUCAACACAUGGGAAUGCAAAUGCAGACCUAAAUCAAUCAAUUUUGCCUUAAAGUUGCGCCAUAAUACGUUGUUAAAGGAAGUGCACCACCAUCUCCUUCACAUACUCAACUGUCACAAAAUGGUGUAACUUUCCAAAAAAAGUUUUUUUUUUUUUUUUUAAAGAAGCGUGGUGAGUUUUAGAGUUGUUUCUCUCCCGUAUACAAAGAUCUAUAUGAAGCGCAGAGAAUAAUUUACUGGUAGUCAAAACCAAACAGCUGACAUGAGGUUCUUUACGUGUCCAUGUGUCUGGGGAUGGCAACUGCAGAAGCCCUCAGGCUCAUUCCAAUGUUGAAUCAAGGAGCGCCUCCCAUUUUCAGCUAUGCACUCUCAGACCUGAUAAGUUAGGAGAAAGGUGCUCCUUUCUCAGUGACAACCGAUUUUAUCAGAGCUGUGAGGAGAAAAGGUUUUAAAAGAUCUAUUAACUCCCGUGGAGCCUUGCCCAAAGCCAAUUAGAUCACUUAUGGAUUAAAGGUAUUAAGAUCAUUAAGAGUAUUAAUGACAAUCAGUAAAUUGGUAGGAAUGUGAACAGGGCACGCUGGCUGUGACCUUUCUUAUCAUGCUGCCCUGCUGCAACUAGCUGACAAUGACAAAGUGGCAGGACACAAACAUCUGUUUCUAUAUCUAGUUUGAGUAUUUCUAUCAUUGUUUGUGGUCUUACGUUGUACCAUGUCCAUUCUUGGUUUUGUGCCUUGUUUGAUUAGUAUAAUUGACUCUGUGUGUAAAUGUCAAAAGCCUAUCUAUACUUCUGUGUGGUAGCAAAAAGUGGAGAGAUCAAUACAGGACAGAUUAGAAUAUUGUCACCACCUAAUAGAUACAAUCCCGCAAUCUCUCUCUCUUUCUUUCUUUCUUUUUUUUUUAUUUUUUUAAUUAAUUUAAAAACCAUAACAGUUUAGUUGGCCUGACCUGUGCCCAGUUGUGAUUUGGACAGUCUUUGGACAGAAAAUCAGUGGUUCAGUAAGUGAAUUGAAGGAUUUCUGUCCAUGGGUUACAUUUUAUUCUUUGUAACCUUUAGAAAACACUUCAACUGCUAACUCUGCUUGUUUCAUGUGUAUUUGGGACUAUAUAUUGGGAUUUUUUCUUCUAGGAGAUGAGAGUAUGUUGCGCAAAAAAUUUAU